AUGAAGAGAAAGCGGGAACUGGAAUCCGAAUACGGAGAAGGCGAGUUUAAAUUACAGAAAAGUCUAACGGGAGGGUCAUGGCAACGAGGCCCACUGCUCGGAAAAGGGGGUUUUGGGUCUGUGUAUUUGGCUGUUCUCACUGAUCCUGGACCAAGUAUCACUGCCAAUGCUACCCAGGUUGUGGCCGUGAAGUCCACUAAGGAGGAUGAUUCUGAGGAGCUUUGGCUAGACAAGUGUUUUCUGGAUGCUCUUCAGGGCUGCCCUUAUAUUGUUACUUGCUUUGGAGAAGAUUUUACUGUUGAUGCUGAGGAUGAAGAGGCCCCUUGCAUGGCCAAUUACUUUAUGGAGUAUGCUUCUCAAGGAACUCUUGCUGAUCUAAUCAACAAAUCAGAAUGUGGCCUGCCUGAGGAGGACGUGAGGCGCUUUACAAGGAUGUUACUUGAGGGGCUGGACUUUGUUCACAAGAAAGGCAUUGUUCAUUGUGAUAUAAAGCCUCAGAAUAUUCUGCUUGCACCUGAUGAGACAGGUUUAUUGGUUGCAAAAAUAGCUGAUUUUGGUUUGGCAAAAAGUACUUUUAGAGACUUGGAGAUAGGUGUUAGAGGGACUGCCAUGUAUCUUGCUCCUGAGAGCAUUAUUGAUGAGAUUCAGCUUCAACCAUCUGAUGUUUGGGCACUCGGUUGUGUGGUUCUCAAUAUGCUAACAAGGAGGCCAACUUGGAAACUGAAUUUGGAUGAGGGUAUUGAAGACCUUUGGAAGCAGAUUGCCUCGGCAAUACCCAGUAUCCCAGAUGGGAUCUCACAUCUGGCCAAAGACUUCUUGCUUAAAUGCUUUGUUAGGAAUCCUGAAGAGAGGUCAAGUGUUGGCAGCCUCUUAUAUCACCCUUUCGUCAAUGUUGUUUUACAUGACAUGCCCGAAUCUGAAGUGGUUGUCUUAUCCUCUUGUGCUGCUGCCUCUUCUGAUCUUGAAGACAAAUUUAAAGAAGAUGAGGUGGAGGAGGUGUAUGAUGAUGACAUUGUGGAGGAGGACCCCUCUGAGCUUAUAGAGGAGGACCCCUCUGAGCUUAUCGAAGAGGACCCCUCUGAGCUUAUAGAGGAGGAUCCCUCUGAGAUAAUGGAGGAGGACCCCUCUGAGAUAAUGGAGGAGGACCCCUCUGAGGUUAUAGAGGAGGACCCCUCUGAAAUUGAAAUUGGGAAUCAAGAAACACCUGUUGGCUCAUCAUGGGCUUCCAAAGAAGCAGUGGAAGCCGCUGUAAAGCUUUUCAAUUCUGUUCGUGUAGAUAAUAUCAUACCACUCGGUUCAGCAGUUAGUUUCAAAAAAAUGGAGAUCUCAGAUCAGCAUCGUCUUAAUUUGAUGGAGCGAAUACUUCCAAGAGUUAUAAUGAUAUGA